AUGCGCCGCACCCGCCCACCGCCUCCCAGCCAGCGCGAGAGCCGGCGUCCCGCGCGCGCGGGCAGUUCGUCGGGCGGGCCUUGCCCUGGGGAGACCCCCGGCCCGGGCGGCGGCGGGACCGGCUCCUCCUCCUCCUCGGCCGCGCCGUCGUCGUCCCUGUCGCGCCGCAAGGACGGAGGCCCCGCCGGCAAGUUCUGGGAGAGCCCGGACACCGCCUCGCAGCUGGACGCCGCCCGGGCCUGGCUGGCCAAGCACUUCAAGAAGAAUAACUGUCUGAGCAGACCAGUCAUCUACCUCGUUCCAGAAAUCGAGCUGAAGUUUGCUAAUAAGCUAAAGGACAUUGUCAAACGUCAUCAGGGCAUAAUCACGGAAGACAAGUCUAAGGCUACCCACCAUAUUUAUCCUGUUCCUACCUCAUUGGAUGAAGAAGAGUGGUUAAGACCUGUGAUGAAAAAAGACAAGCAGGUUCUUGUGCACUGGGGCUAUUAUCCAGACAGCUACGACACUUGGGUCCAUGCUGCAGAUCUAGAGGCUGAAGUCGAAGACCCUCCUAUUCCAGAAAAGCCCUGGAAGGUUCACGCCAAAUGGAUUCUGGACACGGAUGUGUUCAACGAGUGGAUGAAUGAAGAGGAUUACGAGGUGGAUGAGAACAAGAAGCUGGUCAGCUUCCGUCAGCGGAUCUAUCUGAAAAAUGAAGAGCCAGUCCGUAGCCCUGAACGGCGGGAUCGGAAAGCCGCUCCAGGGGCCAGGAAAAGAAAGCAUUCCCCUUCACCCCCUCCUCCUCCCGUCCUGGUGGAAUCGAGGAAAAAAGCCGGAAAGAAGGGACAAGCCAGCCUGUAUGGGAAAAGACGAGGGCAAAAGGAAGAAGAUGACCAAGAGGAUCUUACCAAGGAUAUGGAGGACCCCACCCCUGUGCCUAAUAUAGAAGAAGUGGUGCUUCCUAAGAACGAUGAGCAGGAUGAAGAGGCUGUGGCUGCAGGAGGAAAGGAAGAUGAGGAUCCCAACAGAGGUGACCAGAGCCGCUCAGUAGACACCGGAGAAGAUAACGUCACAGAGCAAACCAAUCACAUCAUUAUCCCCAGCUAUGCCUCUUGGUUCGACUACAACUGCAUUCACGUAAUUGAACGCCGUGCUCUUCCGGAAUUCUUCAAUGGGAAAAACAAAUCUAAGACGCCAGAAAUAUACUUAGCUUACCGCAAUUUCAUGAUCGAUACCUAUCGCUUAAACCCUCAAGAGUACUUGACGAGCACGGCCUGCAGGAGGAACUUGACUGGAGACGUCUGUGCAGUGAUGAGGGUGCAUGCUUUUCUGGAGCAGUGGGGACUCAUUAAUUACCAGGUGGAUCCAGAAAGCCGGCCCAUGGCCAUGGGUCCCCCUCCCACCCCUCAUUUCAACGUGCUUGCCGACACACCCUCGGGACUUGUGCCGCUUCACUUACGUACAGCUCAGGUUCCAGCAGCUCAGCAAAUGUUGAAUUUUCCUGAGAAAAACAAGGAGAAGCCUACAGACAUGCAGAACUUUGGACUCCGCACGGACAUUUACUCAAAGAAGACAUUAGCCAAGAGCAAAAGUGCCAGCGCUGGGCGGGAAUGGACAGAACAAGAGACGCUGCUGCUCCUUGAGGCUCUGGAGAUGUACAAGGAUGACUGGAAUAAAGUUUCUGAGCAUGUGGGAAGCCGCACCCAGGACGAGUGUAUUCUUCAUUUCUUGCGGCUUCCCAUUGAGGAUCCUUAUUUGGAGAACUCGGAUGCCUCCCUGGGGCCUUUGGCUUACCAGCCGGUGCCUUUUAGCCAAUCUGGAAACCCUGUCAUGAGCACGGUGGCUUUUCUGGCAUCUGUUGUGGAUCCCCGGGUGGCGUCUGCUGCAGCUAAAGCAGCUUUAGAGGAAUUUUCCCGAGUCCGAGAGGAGGUACCGCUGGAAUUGGUGGAGGCCCAUGUCAAAAAAGUGCAGGAGGCUGCCCGGCUCUCUGGAAAAGUGGAUCCCACUUAUGGACUGGAGAGCAGCUGCAUCGCUGGAACAGCACCCGAUGAGCCAGAGAAACCUGAUGGUGCUGAAGAAGAAAAAAUGGAGACAGAGACCGAUGGACUGCAGACAGAAAAAGUCAAGGUGGAGAACAAAGGAGAGAACGAAAUAGGGGAUGGAAAGAUACAGGAAGGAGAAGAGGAGAGAAAUGCUGAAAAGGAGCCGGAGGGUGACCUCUCUCAGGAUUCCAGGCCAGAUGAGAAGGAGGCUGAGGAGAACAAGGAGAACCUUGAGGUUUGCAAAGAGAAGGAAAGCGACGCUGGGAAGAAGCGAGCGGAGCCCGACCUCUCGGAAGGGAACGUGGCCACCGCUGCAGCUGCCGCUCUCGCCUCGGCCGCCACCAAAGCCAAGCAUCUGGCGGCCGUGGAGGAGAGGAAGAUCAAGUCCUUGGUCGCCCUCCUGGUGGAGACGCAGAUGAAGAAACUGGAGAUCAAGCUGCGUCAUUUUGAAGAGCUGGAAACCAUCAUGGACCGAGAGAAAGAGGCGCUGGAGCAGCAGAGGCAACAGCUGCUGACUGAGCGCCAGAACUUCCAUAUGGAGCAGCUCAAGUACGCAGAACUGCGCGCCCGGCAGCAGCUGGAGCAGCAGCAGCAGUACAGCCAGAGCGCUCCGCAGGCCCACCAGCAUUCCGGGGGGCCCGGCAUGAACCCCCUGGGGGCUGCCAGCCACCCAGGCUUGAUGUCUCACCAGCAGCCGCCUCCGUAUCCCAUGAUGCACCAUCAGAUGCCCCCUCCUCAGCCUCCACAGCCAGGCGCAUGGCCCCGCGUGGGAACACCAGGGUGGCGGGAGAGGCUUCGGGUACGGCUGGAAGGAGGGCCCGGACGGUCUGCUUAG